GAGCCCUCUGGGCCCCAACACCAGAACAAUGCUAAUUAUCACAGAUAACAGAGAUGCCGAGAGGUGGUCAUGAUAGAAUCCCUUAGCAGCACCCAGCUUGGUGGUGUGAGUUUUUCCGGCAUUACAUGCAGAAGAUGGCACUUGGAGUUUUGAAGGAAGCCAGAGACCCUGAAAAGGAAGGUAAAGGAGGGAUGCAUUCCAGAUUCAGAGCUUUUUGGAUCUGAUUGUAAUAACUGGAGAGCUGGGUCCUGAAUUCUUCAGAAAACAGCUUGCGCUUUUUCCUUCUGGACUCAUGGCGUUCGUGGUCCCCAUUUUCCAGCUGGCCAUCUCUGUCGCUGUAUUUCCCAUCUUCCUUCUCCACUUCUUGGGCCUGUGGAACUGGAUAUGCAAAAAGCUCUUUCCUUUCUUCAUGGUGCAGUUCACUAAAAGCUACAAUAAGGAGAUGUCAUCCAAGAAGCAGGAGCUCUUUAGCAACCUGCCCAACUUUGCAGAAUCCUCGGGAAAGCUGGCCUUGAUGGAGGUUGGCUGUGGCACUGGAGCCAACUUUAAAUUCUAUCCUCCUGGCUGCACGAUCACCUGUGUCGAUCCCAAUCCCAACUUUGAGAAGUUCCUGAUUCAAAGCAUUGCUGAAUGCCGGCACCUCCAGUUUGAACGCUUCCUAGUGGCUUCAGGGGAAGACAUGCAUCAAAUAGCAGACAACUCCAUGGAUGUGGUGGUUUGCACUCUGGUCCUGUGCUCUGUACAGAAUCAAGAGAAAUUCCUCAAAGAGGUGCAUCGAGUACUGAGGCCGGGAGGUGCUUUUUAUUUCAUGGAGCAUGUGGCAGCUGAACCAUCCACCUGGAAUUUCUUCUGGCAACAGGUUCUCCAGCCAACAUGGCAUCUACUGUUUGAUGGUUGCAACUUAACCAGAGAGACCUGGAAAGCCCUGGAACAGGCCAGCUUUUCCAAGCUAAACCUCCAGCAUCUGCAGGCACCCCUCUCCUGGAAGAUAGUCCGACCUCAUAUCCUCGGCUAUGCCAUGAAAUAAUUGGAUGGGCAGAGUGGUGGUUCUGGGAGUAGUGUCCUCUUCUUUUAAAACUAAAUAUAAAAACAUUGUGGUAAUGGGGAAGGGGGGAAGAAGGGAGAUUGUUCUUUGUCUCACACUGAAAGGAGGGGAAAUUAGAAUGGGGAAAGGUCCUGAUCUUCUGGGAAAAUAUGAAAAAAUGCAACCCAGAUCUCAGCUAUCCAAAAUGACUGGGAAAUAUUUAUUAUGGAAUACCAAAAUCUCAAAAUCACAUUCUAUUCAGCACUUUUGACUUUUCCAACAAUAUAACAUCCUACUCUAGUUGUUAAUAGAGCUAGGUUGAAUUGGAUUCUACACCCUGCCUUCCCCACCCACUCCCUUGUUGCUAAUAAUGUCUGGAUUUUGGCAAUAAAAAGGAGGGGAAGAAGCAAAGUUGAUAAUCUACGAAACGGAACAUGGAAGUCCUUACUAAUUGAAUCUAUGACAUAUAACAUUCCCACAGAGAUGAGCAGGAUUCAACUGCAGGACUUUUUGAGACUGGUACCCCAAGUACCACAGUUCAUUUUGCUCAGAUCGGUCUUUUCCCUCUCUCAAGUUCCAUAGGCUGUUAUUUGUACACAUGUUUAACACUGGCCACAGCUUAUUCUGAGUAUAUAUAAAUACAAAGUUGUUGUAUCCUGUGAGAUAAAAUCCCCUAUAUUUAAAUCCAAUUAUUCCUAAUAAUAAUACCCUAAGCCCCAGAUCAUAAAUGCUUAAAUACUGAGACAAGAGGAGGUAGCAGCAUAUAGUAAAAAGAGGUCUGGAUUUGGAGCUGAUGGAACCAGGUUUGAAUCUUGGAACUGUGUGACUGAGCAAAUCCCUGAGCCUCUCUGGGACUUAUCUGUAAAAUGAGUAGGUUGGACCUGGAUGACCUUUAAAAUCUAAUAAAAAUGAUUGAUAAAUAUAAUUUUCUUAACUCUCAUAACAAUCCUCGUUUUACAAGUGAGGUUCAAAAAAAAAAAUCAGGGACAUUAUCCCCUUCUAUUGUACAUAACAGCUACAGCUGUUACAUCCUGAUCCAGAGCUGGGAGGCUCGUUUUGAAUUUCCUCCUCCAUUUCCAGGGUACAGUUCUUGAACAGUUAUAUAACCAAUUCAAGUUAUAUAAUUUAACCAACAUACACACAUAUAUGGAUGUAAGUGGACAAACAUAAUUUGGGUGUAAGUUUUAGACAUACAUGUGUGUAUACAUGCUUUAUAUAUACAUAUGUGUUUUAUACACACAUAUGUAUAUAUAUAUAUAUAUGUGUGUAUAUAUAUAUAUAUAGUUUACAUCCAAGUUAUAUGAGUUUAUUCAACUGAUAAAAAAGCAGAACCAAGAUUGUAACCUCAGGGCCUCAGACUCCAUCCAACUCGUGUAUUCUUCCUACUGUUUCCCUUAGAAGGGCAAACAUUUUUCUACUCCAGCCAUAGCCAAAUGCAUUCAUUAGGAUUAUUAAUACCCAAGUUAUUCUAAUUGCUAAGAAAACAAGAGAACCUAAUUACUCAUCUAUUAGUGAGUCUGGUUAUUCUUUAAUAUGUUUUGGCUUCUUGGUUUUAGUAUUUACCAUUCAUGUGCAAUAACUUUGCACAGAAUAGGGGAUGAGCCCUAAAAAUCAAAGUUGUAGAUAGUGUAGUCUAGAUAAACUCAAUUAAUAGGUGAACCCCACACAGCUCUUCACCAUUUAACUCUGGGCAGGAGUAUUUCUUUGUUCCAAGUGACUUGUACAAUAACUGCUAUGAGAAGCCGGUUGAUUUCCCUGAGUACUUUGGAAUUAGAUGUAAAUUGUUCUAUCUUUGAAAAAUUUCAUGGGUUUGGUAUUAUGGUGUGUUUACUUACAUGUAUUGUAAUAAGUUUGGUAUUUGUCUCUAGAGGACUUUGCAAAGGCAACUUUUUUUUAAUCAAUAAAGAAAUUUCUAUUCUUUUUUUGGAAAGCAAAUUAAAUGAGAUGUAACUUAUUAAAUUUUUUGAUAUUUUGUCAUUUUUCUUCAUAUUUCAAAGAAGUAAUAAUUUUGAAAUAUUAUGCUUAUCUGUGUAUGAACUUACAAUAGAUCUUAAAAGAAUCUUAAAGAUAAUAUACAGUACCCUCAUUUAAAAAUUUAUAAUUAUCCGUUUAACAUGAAAAUAUAGAAAGGACUUGUAAUUUAGUCAGAAUGGUUAAGCUUCUGGUAUGGAAACUGCCUUAUCCAAACAGAUGGCAAUCAAUAUACAACUUAAUAAGUACACAGAAGUUAAAUGGUUUACCCAUUUGCAACAUGGCCAAUAUGAAAAUGUUUUGCAUGACUACAUAUGUAUAAACUUUUGGAGUAGGGAGAGCCCAGAGGGAGAUAAAGAAUUUGAACUCAAAUUGUUAAAAAAAAAAAAAAAAUGUUAAAAAUUUUUGUUUACAUGUUAAUUGAAAAAAAAAAUAAAAUGAAAAUUAAAUGAAAAAAGUUGUUUCCCCAGAAUCACAUAGCUAGUAAGUACCAGAGGUACUUUGAAACCAGAUCUUAUUCCAAGUAAGUCCCUCAGGUUCUGAGACUGGGCUGAUUCUAUUACAAUUUACAUUUUAAUAAUUACAAUUUAAUGAUCAUCAACAAAAUCAACUAAACAUACAAAACAAAAUAAAAUCUUACAUAAACAUUUAGCAAUAUAGAACUAUUUAAAUAGACAAAAAAUGUUUGUAGUCUUCUUCCAAAUUCAUACGGUUCUACUAUUUUUGAGGGUUUGUGUGUGUAUAUGGAAUAGAUACCAAGGCAUGAUAGAAGGCUAGUCUUAGAAUGUAUGUGUAUAGAAUAAAUACCAAGGUGUAGUGGAUAGAGGGCUAGCUCUCUUUUUAUUUUUAGAAAUAAAAGGUCUUGUAGGCUCAAAGCCUACCUCUGAGACUCACUCAAGUCACAACUUCCCUUAUGCCUCAUGUAACUUAAGACUGAAUUAAUAGAUGAGUUGCAUUGAUGAAAAGAGGGAAUCUCGUACAUUGAUGAAAUCACAGACUAGGUCACUAAAUCAUACAUGAAUAAUUACUGUAGUUAAUUUAUAUAAAGUGCUAAUUCUGCUGAUCUUUUUAUUUAUAAACUUUCCAUAUUUCUUAUAUUCAUAUUUACCAUUUUUAUACCAUUAUAUUUAAUUCUAUCAAUAUGCCAUGAUUUAUUCAGCCAUUCUCAAACUGUACAUAUAAGUUGUCCCCACAUUUUAUUCACAAUUACAAAUAAAACAGCUAUAUAUACUUUUGUACAGA